UUUUGCUAUAUUUUGCUCCAGUUUCUGUGUUGUCUUCAUUAUAUAGAUUAGUCCUUCCUGAAUUAGGAAUAAAAAUUAAGGUGGAGUUUGACUGAUCACAAAUAUUGUUUGCAGUCAGGCAGCUUCAUUAAUUCCAAAAUCAAUGGGAUGCGGAAGGUAGCCCUACAGAUAAUGUACACUAGCCUACCAGAUGAAACUGUAAGAGAGAUAAAAACACCGUAUCUAUUUUGUUAAACCUAUUUUGUCUUACAGUGGCAUCAUGAGACCAGGGCUGAAUGCAAUUCUGGGACCCACUGGCAGUGGCAAAUCUUCGUAAGUGCCCCCUUUGCCCUACACAGAAAUUACACCAAGGAGAAAAUGAACCUGCGCGUAUUUAGCAGUAAGGGAUAAUACUUUCAGGGAAAGAUUUCUUUUUCAUUUCUGUCUGUGCAAAUCUCCCUGGUUUCUGAGAAGUACCUGAAUUCAAAAAGACAAUCAGCGUACAUGACAAAGAUGUAAUUCAAUUAUAGUCUGCACUUUCCUGAUACAUGAUGUUUAUGUAUCAUUCUAGGUUAAAUUAUUGAAUGAAUGGACAUAAAUGCCCUAUGAAAUUGCACAGAUCUCACUUCCUUAGGAGACCAGGACAAAAGAAACGCAGCCCUUGAAAGUUGCUGGGGGUUUUCUAAACUGCAAAUGUUUAACAUGAGGUGGUUUCAUGUAGGUGUUCGUUCCAUGAACUGGGUUUGUGGUUCAGAGACCUGACCUCCUGCAUGCUCAUCUGACAAAGUAACCAACUUUUCUCCUAGUCUGCUUGACAUUUUGGCUGCAAGGAAGGAUCCCCGUGGGCUUUCUGGUGACAUUUUGAUCAAUGGAGCUCCUCAGCCUGCCAACUUUAAAUGUACCUCUGGAUAUGUAGUACAGGAUGAUGUGGUGAUGGGAACCCUGACUGUAAGAGAAAAUUUGAAGUUCUCAGCAGCACUCCGUUUGCCGAAGUCAGUGAAGGAACAGGAAAAAAAUGAACGUGUGAAUCAGAUCAUCAAGGAGUUGGGUUUAAGCAAAGUGGCAGAUUCCAAGGUUGGCACCCAGUUCACUCGUGGGGUGUCCGGAGGAGAGCGGAAAAGGACCAAUAUUGGGAUGGAGCUCAUCACAGAUCCUGACAUCUUGUUUUUGGAUGAGCCAACUACAGGACUCGAUGCCAGCACUGCUAAUGCUGUUCUACUGCUACUGAAAAGGAUGGCAAAACAAGGGAAAACAAUCAUCUUCUCCAUCCACCAGCCUCGGUACUCCAUAUUCCGCCUGUUUGACAACCUAAUGCUGCUGGCCGCGGGGAGGGUGCUGUACCACGGGCCUGCUCAGCAUGCCAUCGAGUACUUCCAGUCUAUCGGCUAUGAGUGUGAGCCAUACAACAACCCUGCUGACUUUUUCCUGGACAUCAUUAAUGGAGACUCCACUGCGGUGGCAAUGAGCAAGACCAAUGAAAUUAACACAGCAGAGAGCACUGAAGAAUGCACUGAAUAUGAUAAAACCUUGGCUGAGAAGUUAGCAGAAAAAUAUUCCAACUCUGCCUGCUACCAAGAAACAAAAGCAGUAUUGGAAAAUAUUUCUUUGGGAAAUAGAAAGAAAACAAAAGCAGUUUUCCGACAAAUCACGUACGCCAAUUCCUUCCUUCAUCAGCUGAAAUGGGUGUCCAAGCGCACAUUCAAAAAUCUGGUAGGAAACCCUCAAGCUUCCAUAGCUCAGCUGUGUGUUACAGCCUUCCUGGGACUGGUUGUAGGUGCCAUUUUCUUUGGACUUAAAGAAGACUCUGCUGGACUACAAAACAGAGUGGGUGCAAUGUUCUUUCUGACCACCAACCAGUGUUUCAGCAGCAUCUCAGCUAUUGAACUCUUUGUAGUGGAAAAAAAGAUAUUUAUACAUGAAUAUAUCAGUGGGUACUACAGAACAUCUGUGUAUUUCAUCUCAAAGCUACUGGCUGAUUUAAUACCCAUGAGGACUCUACCAAGCAUCAUCUUCACCUGCAUAAUUUACUUCAUGUUAGGUUUGAAACCAACAGUAGAAGCCUUCUUUACAAUGAUGUUUACCCUUAUGAUGGUGUCCUACACAGCCACUUCUAUGGCGCUAGCCAUUGCAGCAGGACAGAGCGUGGUCGCUGUAGCAAACCUGCUCAUGACUAUCACAUUUGUUUUUAUGAUUAUUUUCUCUGGGUUGCUGGUCAAUCUCACAAGCAUCGUGUCUUGGCUCUCCUGGCUCAAAUACUUUAGCAUCCCUCAAUACGGAAUGACAGCUUUACAAAUCAAUGAAUUGGCUGGCCUGAACUUUUGCAACAUCACUAACAACACAAACCUAAUCAGCAAUUACAACUAUCAACAGAUAAACCAGUCGUAAGUAUUUUGGUAUAUUAAAA